AUGGGGCACAAAGGAAUCUCGGUGACAGGUCUGGUCUGCAGCGUUGCUUUCUUUCUUCUACCGCUGCACUCCGCCUAUGGAGACGUGAGCUAUUCUUUUCCGGAGGAGAUGAAACGCGGAUCUGUUAUUGGAAAUAUAGCCAAGGACCUCGGGCUGGAGGCGAGCAGACUAUCCACUCGUAAGGCCCGUAUUGAUAGCGAAGGGAACCGCAAACGGUAUUGUGACAUUAAUCUGAGUAAUGGAGAUUUAAAUGCUGCGGAAAGGAUUGACAGAGAUGGGCUUUGUGGCAAGAAGGCUUCUUGCGUUUUAAACCAGGAACUUAUAUUGGAGAAUCCUUUGGAGCUUCACCGUAUUACUCUUCAUGUUCAAGAUAUUAAUGACAAUUCGCCACAAUUUAAUGAUGACAUGAUAGAUAUUGAGAUAAGGGAAUCCGCGGAGAAAGGUUCUCGUUUUUUAUUAGGAGAGGCUCAUGACGCGGACAUAGGGAAGAACUCAGUUCAAAUAUACACUCUAGAAAAGAAUGACAAAUUUGUGUUGUCCGUUGAGAGUAACAAUGUUGAGCUUGUUCUAGAUGAAAAGCUUGACCGUGAAGUAAAGCAGGAUAUUAAAUUAUUGCUUACAGCGAUGGACGGAGGCUCUCCGAAGAGAUCAGGUACUGUAGUCAUACACGUCACUGUACUGGAUGCUAACGAUAACGCCCCAGUGUUUAACCAGGCCGUCUAUAAAGCCAGUAUGCCUGAAAACUCUGAUUUAGAUACUGUAGCUGUUACAGUGAGUGCUACGGAUGCAGAUGAGGGAGUUAAUGGAGAGGUGACAUAUGAUUUCGAUCACAUUUCAGAUGAUGAUAAAAAAGUAUUUUCUAUAGACCGUAAGGGAGGAAUAAUUAAAGUUAUCGGUUCUGUUGACUUUGAAGAGGUUCCGUCCUUUGAGCUGCGCGUGAAAGCGAAGGACGGUUUAGGUUUAGCUUCAUAUGCCAAAGUGAUAAUAGAAAUUACUGAUGUUAAUGACAACGCUCCUGUGAUAUAUCUCAAAUCUCUGACUAGCCCCAUACCUGAGAAUGCGUCACCUGGUACAGAGGUGGGCAUCAUUAACGUGCAGGAUGUAGACUCUGAGAAUAACCGACAGGUCCGUUGCUCCAUUCAGCAAAACGUUCCCUUUAAGCUGGUGCCAUCCAUCAAAAACUACUAUUCUCUGGUGACCACGGGUGAACUGGACCGGGAACUAGUGUCUGAUUACAACAUUACAAUCACUGCCACCGACGAGGGCUCUCCACCUCUGUCCUCCUCUAAAAGUGUUCAGUUAUCUGUAGCUGACGUCAACGACAACCCACCUGUGUUUGAGGAACAGUCCUAUAAAGCCCACGUGACUGAAAAUAACAAACCUGGUUCCUCCGUGUGUUCCGUUACUGCACGGGACCCAGACUGGAGACAGAACGGAACAGUGAUUUAUUCUCUCUUACCUGGUGAGGUGAACGGUGUUCCGGUGUCCUCGUUUUUAUCCGUUAAUGGAGACACGGGGGUGAUCCACGCUGUGAGGUCGUUUGAUUAUGAACAGUUCAGGAGUUUUAAAGUCCACGUGGUGGCCAGAGACAACGGUUCUCCUCCGCUCAGCAGUAACGUCACGGUCAGUGUGUUUAUAUCGGAUGUGAAUGACAACCCUCCUCAGAUACUAUACCCCGCCCCAGAGGGGAACUCCUUCAUGACCGAGCUGGUCCCCAAAGCUGCGCACGGGGGCUCUCUGGUUUCAAAGGUGAUAGCUGUGGACGCAGACUCCGGCCAGAACGCCUGGCUGUCCUAUCACAUACUCAAAUCCACUGAUCCGGGACUUUUCACUAUUGGUCUCCACAGUGGAGAGAUCAGGACACAGCGGGACAUUUCUGAAUCUGACAGCAUGAAACAGAACCUCAUUGUGUCAGUGAAAGAUAACGGACAGCCCUCUCUCUCUGCCACCUGUACCAUGUAUUUAGUGAUUUCUGAUAACUUGGCUGAAGUACCAGAACUGAAAGAUGUAUCUUAUGAUGAGAACAAUUCCAAACUCACCUCUUAUCUGAUCAUCGCGCUGGUGUCCGUCUCCACCUUUUUCCUCACCUUCAUCAUUGUCAUCCUGGCCGUAAGGUUUUGCUGCAGGAGAAAGCCCAGACUGUUGUUUGACGGAGCGGUCGCCAUCCCCAGCGCGUAUCUCCCUCCCAACUACGCAGAGGUGGAUGGCGCAGGAACUGUCCGCAGCACGUACAAUUAUGACGCAUACCUGACGACGGGUUCGCGAACAAGUGACUUCAAGUUCCUCACAUCGUACAACGAAAACACACUGCCCGCGGACCAGACUCUGAGAAAAACUCCAACCGACUUUUCUGAAGAUCUUGACGACUCGGAAGGGUCCCCAGAGGUAGGCUUUUAA